CUUCCGCGGCGGGCUGUCUUAUGUCAUCAUAUCGGAGACCACCUUCUCACCUCCGAGAUCAUCGCCAACCUUGAGUCGCAUACAUCGCGCGCAAUCGGGACAAAUCAAAUUAACGGGUCUAUAUAGUGAGACCAAAUCAACCCAUAUCAAAGCGAGACGGAUACGCAAGACUGAGAUGUCUUUUAACGCUGCCAGAGAAGCUAGCGCGCCUGUCUCGAAUUACGCUUCUUGAGAUCUAUUGGGGGCUUUCUAGAUUGCUUACUGGUCUUCAUUCCUUCAAUUUAACAAUGGCCUCCGUUGGCCAACCUCCUGAGAUCCAAAGCGUUGUUGCUUUGGUGAAGACAUUGACAAAUGCGCAGCUCAAGGACAUAUUAAGAAGUGAGGGGCUCGCCGUCUCGGGGCUGAAGGCCUCGUUACAGCUCCGUAUUAUCGACUAUAUUGAAAGACUCCACCAAGGAGGACUUACUGAGCGUUUUGAUCACCUAAGGAAGACCAUCUAUGCUACAGCGCAUCGCGCGAUGCCUGGGCCUUCAACAACACAAGCAUUGUCUAGUCACAAUUACCAGCCACUACCCGUCACCCCACCUAUCUUGACGCAGCCAAGACCCUCGCCAUUGAACGCACCAAUGCCUUCACAUCCAUACACACCCGGCCGUUUGGAUUUUAAAGACAGCCCGUUUUACACUAUAUUGGAAUCUCUCACGCCCACUAAGGAGUGCAAAGUACGCGAACAAACAAGAGACAGUGUAGAUCUCAAAGUUGAUCUCAGCCCAAAUGUAGCUUCUAGGUUGCAGGCCGAUCCAAACCUCCGGGUUAUGGUUUACUGUGCAGCAGAUACUGGUCUUAACCAGUACACAAAGUCGGACAUUGCCUUCCCUCACCAAGUCGAGCUCAAGGCAAACCUUGAUGAAGUGAAGGCCAACCUGAGGGGGCUCAAAAACAAGCCUGGUACAACCAGACCUGCAGACGUGACAAACUAUAUUCGCAAAAAACCAGGGUAUUCAAACAACAUCGUUAUAACUUAUGCUCUUACGCAAAAGAGGUUUUUCGUUACCGUUAAUCUUGUGCAGCGGCAUCCCGUUGAAGAGCUUGUGGCCGAACUGAAGGCUAGGAAGACGAUCUCAAAUGAGCAGGUGUUACGAGAAAUGAAAAACAAAGCCGAUGAUUCCGAAAUUGUAGCCACAUCGAGUGUCAUGUCAUUGAAAUGCCCUUUAUCAACACUUCGAAUCGAGGUCCCAUGCCGCUCCGUGAUAUGUACACAUAAUCAAUGCUUCGAUGCGUCCUCAUUUCUGCAGCUGCAGGAGCAGGCGCCGACAUGGACGUGCCCCGUGUGUUCAAAAGCGACUAGUUUCGAAUCACUUCAGAUCGACCAAUAUGUGGAUAAUAUACUACAUUCAACUUCCACAGAUGUGGACCAAGUAACUAUCGAACCGGACGGCAAAUGGUCGAGCCCAAAGGCUGAUGACUCUUCAGCCGUUGGCGGCGUAACACCCGCGACAGAUGAUGACGACGAGCUGAUAGAGAUCAAGGAGCCGGGCAUCACACCUGUGAAACAAGAGUCCAUUCCAUUGAACUUAUCUUUGCAGCGGACACCAGCUCAAUCGCGGGAGCCCUCGACCUCAUCCGCAGCUCAUCGAUCAACCAACAAAAGGCUUGCAUCUCAGGUGAUCGACCUCACAGGCAGCGAUGAGGACGACGACAAUUCCCCUGUGAGGCCAGCAAAGAGACCAGCUUUGAAUGCACUAAAUCGAACAAUCCCACGGCAAGAACUUCGUGCCUCUGUUGGAAGUAGUCUUGUGAAUGAAAGGGCUCUCCCAAUCUCGAGUCAGGAUAGUUCUAAAUCACCAAGCCAAGGUGGUAAUUAUGAUACAUGACUAUGUUUAAAAAUGCUUAUUGGCACGGCGUUACGGCGUAUUUGGUACUCGGUGUUGGCAAUGGCAUAUGUUAGUUAUGCCGCGGGGGAGAAAUACUGCAAGAAAUUUAGACUCAUUCAUUGCUUACCAUUUUUUGAUGGUGUUGUUGGAAAUGAAUGGCAUUUCUUUCUUGAUCCGGUUUACUUCAUCCAUCAUAGUUGAAAGACUAUCAGUUAUUAUUAUUAUAGAAAGCUCUUCUAUUUUUUCCCCUUUUUUCUUUCUUUUCCUGCUCUUUUCUCUUUCUAUUAUCGGCUGGAGAUAAGAGGAGGAAAAAAAAUUGCCCCCAUCCAGGAUCGAACUGGAGACCUCAGGAUUUCAAUUCUGUUGAUCAGAAAUGUCAUAGAUAUAUGAGACCUGCGUGAU